AGCAGCACUCUCCUUCUUUCAUAGCUGAGCUGGGUGACUCUCUUGGGCUUUAGAUCCUCAACUACCUUUCACCAUGACCACCAGCGUCAGGCAAUAUUCCUCGUCUACAUCCCUAAAGGGGUUAGGUGGAUUAGGUGGAUUAGGAGGUGGCUCCACACGGGUUUCCUCAGUGCAUCUUGGAGGUUCCUACAGACCCCCAAGUAUCCAUGGGGGAUCUGGUGGCUUUUCUGUCUCCUCUUCUAAGUAUGUCUCUGGAGUAGGAAGUAGCCUGGGUGGUGGCUAUGGGGGAAGCUACAGUAGUAGCUUUGGAGGUGGCUAUGGGGGUGGCCUUGGAGGUGGCUUUGGAGGUGGCUAUGGGGGUGGCUUUGGAGGUGGCUUUGGCGGUGGUGAUGGCAUUCUCCCUGCGGGUGAGAAGGAAACUAUGCAGAACCUGAAUGACCGCCUGGCUAACUACCUGGACAAGGUGCGUGCUCUGGAGGAGGCCAAUUCCGAUCUGGAGAUUAAGAUCAAGGAGUGGUAUAAGAAGCAGGGACCUGGUCCUGACCGUGACUACAGCCCAUAUUACAGGACAAUUGAAGACCUGAGGAGCAAGAUCCUUGCUGCCACUGUCGACAAUGCCAGCCUCCUCUUGCAGAUCGACAACGCUAGGCUGACAGCUGAUGACUUCAGAACCAAGUUUGAGACGGAGCAGGCCCUGCGCAUGAGUGUGGAGGCUGACAUCAAUGGCCUGCGGAGAGUCCUGGACGAGCUGACCCUGGCCAGAGCUGACCUGGAGAUGCAGAUCGAAAACCUGAAGGAGGAGCUGGCUUAUCUCAAGAAGAAUCAUGAGGAGGAAAUGAAUAUACUACGGAGCCAGCUGGGUGGAGAUAUCACUGUGGAGAUGGACGCCGCUCCUGGGGUUGACCUGACCAAGAUCCUGGCUGACAUGAGAGAGCAGUAUGAGAGCUUGGCAGAGAAGAACCGUAAAGAGGCCGAGCAGUGGUUCUUCACCCAGACAGAACAGCUGAACCGAGAAGUAGCCAUGAACACGGAACAGUUGCAGAGUGGCAAGUCGGAGAUCACGGAACUAAGACGCACCGUCCAGGGCCUGGAGAUAGAGCUGCAGUCCCAGCUCAGCAUGAAAGCCGCUCUGGAAGGCACCUUGGCGGAGACAGAAGCCCGUUAUGGCUCCCAGUUGGCACAGCUCCAGGGCUUGAUCACUAGCGUGGAGGAGCAGCUGGCCGAGCUCCGAUGCGACAUGGAGCGCCAGAACCAUGAGUACAAGAUUCUCGUGGACGUCAAGACGCGCCUGGAGCAAGAGAUUGCCACGUACCGCCGCUUGCUGGAGGGCGAGGAUACCCACAUUGCCUCCCAGUACGCUUCAGCAAAAGAAGUGUCCACGACCACCCGACAAGUCCGUACAAUCGUUGAGGAAGUCCAAGAUGGAAAGGUGAUUUCUUCCCGCGAGCAGGUCCAUCAUUCCCCCCGCUAAGACUACACACCAGUCCACAGGCCCCAGUCCUGAGCACCUUGGAUGCAUCAAUAGAAAAGGAAAGAAGACUCCAGACCAUGUGCUGUAGAUGUGUAAUAGUGUCACCAAGGCUGUGUAGGUCUGGGCUCCAUUAGUGUGUUCCUUCCCUUUUCAUUCUGCCUCUGUUUCCCUCACCCUUGUCUGAGUGCUAUCCUGUGCUCUUCCCAUAAGUGUCAAAUAAAGCUUAUCUUCUCAUUCAUGCAAA